AUGACCUUGGAAUAUCCACUUGAAACAGUCACUACCCCUCAACUGCAGGCCCUUGCGACGAUUUUGUGGUCUUGGUUCAUAUGUACAGACUGUCUGGCAGAGACGCUUUGCAAAACUCCAAAUUGCUCGUGGUCUAGAUCAACAACGCUCAGUCGAUAUUUCGAGUUCUUCAAGAUAUCCACAAGUGGUUACAAGUGCAAUAUAGUCGCUGGUCAGUCGCCUGGUCUGUCGUCUUACAGUGACCUAUUCCGAAUAAUCGAACAAUUGAAAUCCAGUCCUGAGCUCAGCAAAGCAGAACUACUGGAGAAACUCUUUACUGAUCGUCCCACGCGACCGUAUCAAGAGCGUGCUCUCAAUCUAGCUGUUCAGGUGCUGGUGAUGAUCAACUGUUCAGUAUCUCGUCAAUCUUCUGUCCUGCUAGAGUAUGGGAACGAGCACUUUCUUAACGACGUAUUCCCAAAAACAUCCCAUCCAAGCAUUGAUAAGAUCAAGAGCGAACUUUUGGCAACCAAGUUGAAGAAGAAUGCGCGACUGUUGUUUCAACCAACAGACGACCUGAGGAAUCAUUUGAGACUUGACAGAAAAUCGGGAGUUGUCGAAAUUUUCCACCAUACUGCUUUCUUGAAAGAGCAAUUGAGGCUUACAAAAGAACAACCGCAAAGUUUAUCUGUAUCCGAUCUAAUUCGAAUUGGCGCGCUCCCUCGUGGACUUGUUAUUGAGGUGCUGGAUUCCAUACAGAAGGUUAUCUUUGAUGUCGCAGAUGUCAAAUCUAGGGAGCUGCUAUUAUCGCUGACCUCGACUUCAACUUGUAAUUUUGAUCCUGAUAUUCUUCGAUAUGAGAGCGCGUCAAUUCGCAACGCAGAGGAGCAGGAUAUCCAGUAUCAAUAUUUCGGGGCGCGAUUGGUAGAUUUACACCAAGAAUUAAUGAAUCCCACCCCUAGAGGUUUUGAAAAAUGGUUUGAGCGAAAGAGUAGCCCAAGGUUCGUGAUGAUGGCUACCAUCGCCGGUGUUCUGUUUGCGAUUUUCCUAGGGUUGUUGAGUCUGGCUUUGGGCAGCUUUCAGGCUUACGUUGGGUAUAUGGCAUGGAAACAUCCUGUUCAAGCGCAAUCUAGUUCAUAG